CCGCAAAAUAAAAAACAAGAAAUCCGAAGAGGGGAAAACAAAAUUCCCUAAAAUUCACAUCACAAACAUUCCGUUUAAUAGAUAAUGUAUUUUUAGUUUUUUUAAAAGAGAAAUAAAGUGAAACUCAUAUAAGCAUUAUAUUGGGAAAGGACAAUUGGAGAGAUCUGGUUGCAACAUGGUAUAUAAGAAGAAACCACAAUCUUUUGAAGGAGAUAUAAAGCAUGAAUAUAGCUUUAUAUGGAAAAUAAAUAAGUUUUCUGAAGAUUUUAUGUCGUUAGAAAGUAAAGAAAUGUGUCUUAAGCCUAUGUGUAUUAGUACUUGGAAAAUUAUUCUAUACACUACAGAAGAUAAAGAAACGUUAGAGUUUGCGCUACAACGUACUGACAACAGUUUGCAUUCUGUGUCUGUUACUUGUAAUGUUGUAUUUCGUAAUUCCAAAGAAACCCCUUUUGUCAGCAGGUCAGUGCAAGGGGUUUUCUCGAUAGUUGAUCAAUUGAAAUUCUGUGAAAAGCUGCUUGGAAGACCCACUUACACCAACGCAGUGAAAAAUGACAUGGGAGGUCAGUUUCGAUUAUGCAAAGACGAUGCACUUGUAAUCGAAGGCAAGAUUACAACAACUGCUUGUUGCAUGCAUAACGAGCCUAAAGAAAAUAGCCUAAAUGAGCUUCAUCGUUCUCUUGUUUUGUCUCAUAAGGAAAAGCUUUUUACUGAUGUGAAUUUUAUUGUCGGCGAUGAUAUUAUACCCGCUCAUAAAAGUAUACUUGCAGCAAGAUCUCCUGUUUUUCGAACAAUGCUUGAGGCUGAUAUGAGGGAAAAAUCUGAAAAUCGAAUUGUAAUUAAUGACAUUGAGAAGCCUGUUCUGGAAGCCUUCCUAACCUUUAUAUACACUGGAUUUGUACAAACAUCUGAUGUCAGCUUAGUCUCACAGUUAUAUCCGGUUGCUGAUAAGUAUGACGUGCAGAAUUUAAAAGAUGUGUGUCAACAUGUUUUAUCUAUGAAUUUAAAUGAGACUACAGCUUGUGAAAUAUUAAAUUUAGCUGAAGUUCAUAGUGACGAGAACUUAACGAAUAGUGCUUUGAAUUAUUUAAUUGAUAAUUUUGAUGUUAUUGAGCCUACUGAAGAAUGGAAGAAAUUUGUUAGAAACAAUACUAUUUUAGCUGCUUCUGUUGUGAGUAAAGUUGUUGCGAAAAUGCGUGCUGCCAAAUAAAAUGUGAAAGUUAUGACUGUGAUAAAUUUUAAUGCUCAAAUGUUGCAUUAAAAGUGAUGUUUAUACCAUUUUAAGAAUUAUUUCAUUGUAGAAUAUUUUGUUUUAUAUUUUGAUUAAGUUGUUAAAAUUAAAAAUGCUUUAUAACUUAAAAAGUUUUGCAUUUAUCUUUUACACCCUUCGUUAAAUCAGCUUAGUACAGCAGGUUCUUAUCAAUCAAAGUAUACUUCUGUUUGGUUUAACUUCUGCAUGAUUUAACUUCAUUUCAAGAGCAUCACUGCAGUUGUUGUGCAGAUGACUUAUCACGUUUGAUAAUAUUAAUUGGAGCCGAGUUGAUGUAAAUGGUAUUUUUGAGAAAGAGUAUUUGCUUUUGUUUUAAGAAACUUACAUGUUUUUGCAAUUGUAAAUUAAAAUUUUUUACUUUUUUAUGUGCAUAAAAAGUUUAGGAAUUGUUAAUUUAUGAUUUACAAAGAUUUAAUUUAUUUAUGACAUGUAAUCAAGCUUAUAGCAUUUUUAUUUUAUAUUCUAUUAUUUUUCAGGAUAGAUAUUUUGUUGGAACAAAGAAUUUAAAAUUUUGCUUUUAAACACUUUGUAUUCAGUUUAUGCUAUAUUAUUGAGCUGUUAGACUGCUGUUAAAAUAAAAUUAUCAAAGUGCAGCAUUU